AGACAAGCAUUUCAAGGACAGAGUUGCCGCCCGAUUGAUGCACUGCUAUGGGUGCUGACACGGAGCCCAUCUCGAUUGUAACAGUGGGAAGCAAGAACUGUUCUCCGACCUCUUCAUCAAAAUCAUCAAAGUUGUCUUUAGAUAUCUCCAUCAAGACGAUGAGUGAAAGUCAACGAUCGAACGUUAAGACAGAGGGAGAAGACACGACUGAUAGCGAGCCCUCUAGAAAGAAGGAUGAUAGCCAUCUCUCUCUUGAUGAGGAUGAAGAGAUGAAGCAGCUUGCAAGUGCUCACUUGAAGAACAUGAGUGAUCCGGUUGGUCCAGGAAUGAAAAAGUCAACAUCGGCCGAGAUCUUGAAUCAUUACAGCCAACAACCCAUACAUGUGCGGUCAAGAGCCGAACAGUGGGAGCUGCCUCGUUCGGAAAUUCAGCUCAAUGCAAAGCUAGGGGAAGGAGACGGUGGAGUUAUUUAUUAUGCGCACUGGCGUGGAUUGGACGUUGUCGCAAAGAUGUUGAAGACUGAGAGUGAUCACGGAUCAACCAUGGAUGGAGCGGUCGCAAGAGCAGACCUGAUCAACGAGAUUUCUGUUUUGUCUCGAUUAAGGCAUCCCAAUUUGGUCAUGUUCUUAGGAGCCUGUACUAUCAAGGAACCACUUAUAAUUCUCAAUGAGUACUUGUCGGGAGGAAAUCUAGAAGACUAUUUAGCCAGCAAGAGGAAGGAGCGUGGUGGAAAGCCAUGGCAGCCCCCUCCAAAACAGGUGCUGAGAUGGUCGAUGGAGCUUGCAAGAGCUUUGUGCUUCCUGCACAAUUGCAAUCCUGUUGUAAUUCACCGGGAUUUGAAACCUGCAAACUUGCUUCUGAACGAGGACUGCCACCUAAAAGUUGGGGAUUUUGGUCUGAGCAAGUUAAAAGAUUUGCAGAAAGUUGCUGGAACGUACAGGAUGACGGGGAAGACGGGAUCAAUGCGUUACAUGGCACCCGAAGUCUUUCUUGACAAUCCACAGUAUGACGAGAAAGUCGACAUCUAUUCCUGCGGCUUCAUUAUGUGGUACAUCACUCUUGGUGAGAGACCAUUCGACAAAGUCCCGGCACAAGUGGUGGCAGAAAAGGCAUCAAAGAAUGACCUCCGCCCAAAUCUCGAGCCGAUCAUCCAAGUGGCUGGGAAUGAGUUUGCUUCCUUGAUCGAGCAGAGCUGGCACAAGGAGCCGAACCUCAGGCCCUCGGCUUCGGAGCUGGUCGACAAACUGGAAGAGCUACAGCAGCAACUACAAGACACCAAGAAGAAGAAGUGCAUCAUCAUGUAAAUGGCAGUUUUGUAAUUUCACGAGGGUGGGGACCACAGAUUUCAUCAAUUUCUUCUUUUAAAUUCUCUUUCUCAAUCG